AUGCGAUCCUACUGUUAUCUCUCCCUCAUUUUUCUACUAAUCAACUAUGUCUCGGCUGUACCUGGAACAGCAAAUUAUGUGGCCCCAUCAAACUCCACCCGUGUCCUUCGUCAAUCUGAAAAUCCAAAAAACUUGGAGGAUGUUCUAGCUGAACGUCCUGAAGAAUCGGAGGACGUAGGACCACUAGGCGAAGUCCAAUUGGAUGUUGAAGAAGAAGAUAUUGGAGAUUCGGCUCAGCCCAAGAUGAGAGUCAGGAGAGGAUACAAUACGGCGCAACAACAGAAACCACAACAACAACAGAAAAGCAAAUAUGGAGGAGGAGGACAGAGUAAUAGCAAAUAUGGAGGCAGUUCCAGUUCAAGAGGCAGCAAGUAUGGUGGUGCACGACAACAACCACAGCAACAACAUAGCCAAUAUGGUCAGCAAAGCACUCCAGGAAAGUAUGGUGCAGAACAACAAAGUCGUGGCGGAUAUUAA